GGACCGGCGCCGGUCGCCCUCCCCUCGCCUCCUUUCCCCUCCCCUUCCCCCGGCAGCGCCAUGGCGGGGCCGGGCUGGGGCCGCGUCCCCCCGCGCCGCGGGUACCUGAGCGGCGGCACCGAGCGGCGUUGCCGGGAGCUGCUGGCGGCGGCGGGGGGCGGCGGAGCGGCGGCGGCGGCGGCGGCGGCGGGGGCGGCGGUGCUGGUGCCGCUGUGCUCGGUGCGCGGCCGCCCCUCGCUGCUCUACACCCUGCGCUGCCGCCGCCUGUCCGGGCCGCACAGCGGCGACGUGAGGUGAGCAGG